UGCACCGUCGAUGUUGAAUGUUGAUCUGUCAAACGUGGUGACGGAGCUGAAAACAGCAGAAAUAUUUCCUUUAUAUGUAAAAAAUAAACGCUUAUUCCAGUUGUUUCUCAGAAGCGAGCAAAACAGUUCAGCAAAUUUUACAACAGCUUGGUAUUUAAUAAUAUCAAUAAAUCACUAACUUCUCGUACAAGAUGCCUGCAGGAGGUGCGUUAUUUGGUAGUGCCGCCACCGGACCUGGUUCUACUGGUGGCAAUAAACAUUUAGUUGAGGUCCGGGCUGGGAAAAUGAAUUUGAAAGGGCGCAUGGUUUACCCCGAUAAGCGCAAAGGUCUUCUCUAUGUAUACCAAAGCGACGAUUCUCUAAUGCACUUCUGUUGGCAAGACCGCACCACUGGAAUAGUAGAAGAUGAUUUAAUCAUCUUUCCUGAUGAUUGUGAAUACAUAAAAGUACCUCAGUGCACCACAGGCCGCGUAUACUUGCUGAAAUUUAAAUCAUCAAGUCGCAAAUUUUUCUUCUGGCUACAGGAACCACGCACCGACAAAGAUGAUGACAACUGCAAACGCAUUAAUGAACUCUUGAACAACCCAUCAAGUGCGGUACAAUCUUCUCAGUCACCAGAUCAAGAUUUGCAAUCUUUGUUUAAUAACAUGUCUCAAUCGCAGUUGAUGCAGUUAUUUGGGAGUGGCGUUGGGCAGAUGGGGGGGUUGUCAAGUCUGUUGGGUACUAUUAGGGGCCCUAAUAGUGGAAGUGCACGCACUAGCACUACUCCUGCAAUCACCCAUCGUACAACUGUACCAAGUACACCAACAACAAACACAACAACAACUACCGUGAGUUCAAAUCCGCCAGCAACAACAACAACUCCACAAACUACAACUGCCCCAGUUACAGCUCCUGGGGCUCCAGCGCGAGCUUCUAAUACAGGGCGAUCCAGCGAUUCGUCUUGCGGCCAUAGAAUUCAAUUAUCUGAUUUGCAGAAUUUCUUACAGGGCAUUACGCCAAUAUCUUCAUCACAACAAUCAGGAGUCGAUUUAUCCACUGCGUUGACAGCAGACAGUUUAUCUGGAAUUUUGAACAAUCCAGGAGCUUUGCAGGCUUUACAAAGCCACUUGCCUGCUGUUGAAGGUGACCCGCAAGAAGCGUUACGUUCGACAAUAAAUUCUCCCCAAUUUCAACAAGCUGUAUCCCAAUUCUCUAGUGCUUUGGAAUCUGGACAAUUAGGUCCUGUUGUAUCCCAGUUAGCUGUUAAUCCGGAAGCUGUGGCAGCUGCAGCCCAGGGUAACAUGCAAGAUUUUGUGAAAGCGUUAGAGAAAAAUGAAGCAACUGGUUCUAAAGAAGAAUCUGAUAAGGACAAAAAGGAAGAGAAGAAAGAUGAUAAGGAUGAUGACCAAAAUAUGCAACUUGAUUAAAAUUCUAGAAGCUUUGAAAUAGUUUGAAUUUAAUGAUUAUAAUAAUAAAGUCACGAAUUGAUAUAAA